AUAAAUCCGAGACUUCUUCUCACUUAGAAUAUCCACAUGCAAUUAGUGAGCUGAUCACUCUAAAUUACUGAGAAGAUCAGCAGAGAUAGGGAGUUAAUUUCUUCAAAAAUCGACCGAUCAGCGGAUCAUGGCUCUAAGUAUGCCUGGCUUGAUCGUCAUGCCAAAGAUGAACAUGGUCCAAUCAAUUCCCAGUUGCAAGUCCUACCAACAUCAAGCCAUGAUUAUCCUGCAGCCUCACCACGACCGUAUGCAUGCCAGGAAUAUUAGUCACUCCAUAAUAUGUGGAGCUGAAAGGCCAGGGAUCAGCACAGGGAGUGGUGGACAAAUUAAUGGGACGAGGGGGUUGAGGGAGCAGAAUGUUUCUGAUCUCACCAGCUCAAAGACUGAUCAGAAAGAUGGCAAGAAAAGCAAAGAAGAUGUUACUGCUACUCCAAAAAAGACUGGUUCUACCAAUUGAAAACAUAUUAUCGACAAUGAUAUCGACACUUUCUGAUAAUCCGUCUUCUAAUAAAGAACGGACGUGCUAUGCAAAGAAGAACUGGGAUAUAUAUAACAUUCUAAAAUAGCUAUGCUUUUUAAUAGAGAGAGUAGCUUGUGAGUAAGAUGCAUAAGUCUUCCUUCGAUCCGGCGGUCUCAACGCGAAGCUCAAAGAUGUCUGAGAAGGAUAUGGCAAUUAAAGUAGAUGUCAUGUUAAUGGUAGAAAGCAUAUUGUAUGCAUAAAUAAUAAUCAUAUUAAUGGUAGAUGUCAUGUUUAAUGGUUCCUAUAAAUAAUAAUCAUAUGAUUAGUGAUGUGUUUUAGCCUGAGUACAAUGAAUUAAGUUAAGUCGGCC